UAUAAAAGACCUGGAAGUUUCCAGGUGAUUACUUUGCACCUGGAACUGCCAGCCCCAGAAUGUUGACCAUUGCUCUUCUUGCCCUUGUCUGCGCAUCAGCCUCGGCCAAUGCCAUUCAGGCUAGGUCCUCCUCCUACAAUGGAGAGUAUGGAGGCGCUGGAGGCGAGCGAUUCUCCCAUUCUGGUUACCAGCUGGAGGGCCCCAUCACUGCCAUCCGGGUCCGCAUCGACAACAACUACAUCAUAGGCCUCCAGGUGCGCUAUGGCAAGGUGUGGAGCGACUAUGUGGGUGGCACCCAGGGAGACCUGGAGGAGAUUUUCCUGCACCCCGGGGAGUCAGUGAUCCAGGUGUCUGGCAAGUACGACUACUACCUGAGGAAGCUGGUCUUUGUGACUAACAAGGGCCGGUACCUGCCUUUUGGGACAGACACAGGCAGGAGUUUCAGUGCUGUCCCCUUGUACCCCAACACCGUGCUACGCUUCAUUAGCGGUCGCGCUAGCAGCCUCAUCAAUGCCAUCGGCCUGCACUGGGGCUUCUACCGCAGGUAUUGAACCAGUUGCUGAACCGCUGCAGCCGGCUGUGAGAACCGCCUUACCACUAACCUCACCUACAGGGUUCAAUAAAAAUAAUAAUAAAAGGA